AUGUCGCUUGAGACUAAGGAAAGCACUACAAAUGCCAUAGUAAUUCGUGCGAAGGGCACAAAUCUUCAUUUCAGUCCUAGAGAGUUUGUUGUGGUUACUGGUUUGAAUUGUGUUUCAAACAAGGACGAUUUUGUGUUUGAUGAGGAUCUUCCGAAUAGACUUAUUGAAGACUAUUUUGGUGGUGCCAAAUAUAUUCAAAAAAGAGAAUUAUUUGUUGCUUUUUCUGAAAAAUUAUGGGGAAAAGACAAUGAUGAAGAUGCCGUGAAGUUUGGUAAUCUCUAUUUUAUUCAUGCAUUUUUGUUGUCUGCUGUUGAUACUGUCGUUAUUUCACGUCUACAUUUUGAUUUAGUUGAGAGUGGUCGCUACAGUGAUUAUCCUUGGGGGUCUGUUGCAUUUGAGGAAUUAGCAAAGAGCUUGAAUAGAAAGUUGAAACCAAAAGGCAAGUUUUAUAUGCUACAUGGAAUGCCUCUGGCCAUUCAAAUUUGGUUGUAUGAGUGUUGCUCCACUGUUCCUCGUAAUGUUGCUUCAAGGGUGGACAAUCAAAUUCCCCGUCUUUUGAAUUGGAAAACAAAUGCUCCCCGUCCACGAUACGAAUCUCUUAUGGAAAGCAUGUUUAAUGAAGCAGAUGUCAAGGUUUCUUUUAAGAAUAUUGAGCCAACACGGAAAGAGAUUUCAUGCUUUCGCAUACCCAAGAAAGUUGGUCCUGCAGGUGUAAGUCACAAAGAGGCUGAGGUUAAUUCGGAUGAUGAUUUCCAGGAUCCGCCACAUCCAAAAAAUUAUUCAAUUACCCAAAAAAAACAUCAUGGUGAUUCAUCAUCUUCACCUGUCAAGAAAAAGUUGAAGCAACAACAUAAAGGUUUGGAUGAGCAGACACCAAAAAGUACCCCUCCACCUCGUGCUGCAAAGAAGCUUUCUGUCAGGACUCCAAUUUUUAUGCCGAUUCAACAAAAAGAGAAAGUAGCUUCAAAUAAGAAGGACCUAAACAGAUCAUCAAGCAAGAAAUCUAAUCGGAUUCAGUCACCUGAUUCAUCUUUCUGCAGUUCUGGAGAUGAAGAUGAUUUUGUUUCAAAGAAAGUGUUUCACAAGUUUCGCAAUGAGGUUCUUCAAGAGAUGAAACCCAUCCGUGGCCUAGUAUCAACAAGGUGUGAUGCGAUAAUGAAUGCUAUAAGUGAGAUCAAGAAAAAAGACAAGGACAAUGAAGUUGACAAUCCACCAAUGGAUGAAGCUGUCGAGACUACACCAUACUAUGAAUUCAGUUCAAAUUUUGUGCAUGAUCUGUAUAAGAAUUCUAAAGACACAUUGGUUACUGAAGAGAUCAAUGGAAAUCAAAGCGCUAGUUUGAUGGAGGUGUAUAAUGAGGAUAAAAAUGAUGCUCCGGAUAAAAAUGCUAUGGAUCAGCAUGAAGCAAGAGAUAUCUGUGAAUCACCGAACACAAAAUUGGUUGAUGAUAAUAUCUGCGAAGCACAUAUAUCAGAUUCUCAAUUCUCAUUUCCAGAUGAGGUGCUCAAAAGCAUUAAUCUUGAUUUCAUCAAAUCCAAUUUGGGAGUUGAAGAUGAGUCUACAGUAUUUGCAUUCUACGUCUUCAUUUAUUUUCAUAAGCUUUCAGAUUAA